GGGUUUUUGGUGCAAGACGAUUUCUUCCUGUGUUUUUCCGCCUGGCACAGGAAGAAAAACGGUGCAAAAACGGUGAAAAUCGGAGCCUGCCGCUCCGGGGCUGUAGCUGGUCUGCAGCGGAACUCGAAUCCCGCGACGAACGGUGCGGUGGAGCAGCGUGAAACCACCUCGGCCACUUCGCCAAUUUUACGCCGCGAGGGGUGUGAACAAAAAUUACAAAGAUAGAUACCGUGUGGGGUUGGGCCUCUGCCCCGCUGCGUCUUGCGGCCAACAGGAUGGGCGACGUGCUGAUAUCGGAUCGUCCACCGUCACCGGCGAGUAGACUGUCACACACCUCGGAGAAGCAUCCGCGAGUAACGCUGCAGGAGCUGAAUGUCCUGCGGCGCCACCGGGAGCUGUGCGAUGUCGUGAUCAACGUGAGCGGACGUAAAAUCUUCGCCCACCGUGUCAUCCUGUCCGCCUGCAGUCCCUACUUUCGGGCCAUGUUCACAGGCGAGCUGGAGGAGUCACGUCAGACAGAGGUUACGAUUCGGGACAUCGAUGAAAACGCAAUGGAGCUGCUGAUCGAUUUUUGCUACACCUCGCACAUCGUCGUCGAGGAAUCGAACGUCCAGACGUUGCUACCGGCGGCCUGUCUGCUUCAGCUGGCCGAAAUACAGGAUAUAUGUUGCGAGUUCCUGAAACGACAGCUCGAUCCCACCAACUGCCUCGGUAUAAGGGCGUUCGCCGAUACACACUCGUGCCGGGAGCUGCUCCGUAUUGCCGAUAAGUUCACGCAGCACAACUUCCAGGAGGUGAUGGAAAGCGAAGAGUUCCUGCUGCUGCCGGUCGGCCAGCUGGUGGACAUUAUCUGCAGCGACGAGCUGAACGUGCGCUCGGAGGAACAGGUUUUCAAUGCGGUCAUGGCGUGGCUCAAGUACAAUGUGGCCGAAAGGCGUCAACAUUUGGCACAGGUACUGCAGCACGUGCGAAUGCCUCUGCUGAGCCCCAAGUUCCUCGUGGGUACGGUUGGAUCCGAUUUGUUGGUGCGCUCCGACGAAGCCUGCCGUGAUCUGGUGGAUGAGGCCAAGAACUAUUUGCUGCUGCCACAGGAACGACCGCUCAUGCAGGGACCGCGCACACGACCCAGGAAACCGACACGUCGCGGUGAGGUACUGUUUGCGGUUGGUGGAUGGUGUUCGGGCGAUGCCAUUGCCUCGGUUGAGCGGUUCGAUCCGGAAACGGCAGACUGGAAGAUGGUGGCACCGAUGAGCAAACGACGUUGUGGCGUCGGUGUGGCCGUUCUGAACGAUCUACUGUACGCCGUUGGAGGGCACGAUGGGCAGAGCUAUCUGAAUAGCAUCGAACGGUACGAUCCACAAACGAACCAGUGGUCCUGCGAUGUAGCACCAACGACCAGCUGCCGCACUAGUGUCGGAGUGGCUGUACUGGAGGGUUUCCUGUACGCUGUCGGUGGCCAGGAUGGAGUGCAGUGUUUGAAUCACGUCGAACGAUAUGAUCCAAAGGAAAACAAAUGGUCCAAGGUGGCCCCCAUGACGACACGAAGGCUCGGUGUAGCCGUGGCAGUUCUCGGUGGUUAUCUGUACGCAAUCGGAGGCUCCGAUGGCCAGUGUCCCCUCAACACGGUCGAACGGUACGAUCCAAGGCAGAACAAAUGGUGCGCCGUCAGUCCGAUGUCGACCCGUAGGAAACAUCUUGGCUGCGCCGUAUUCAACAACUUCAUCUACGCCGUCGGAGGACGGGACGAUUGUAUGGAGCUUUCAUCGGCCGAGCGAUACAAUCCGCACACCAACUCCUGGAGCCCGAUCGUCGCCAUGACGUCCAGAAGAAGUGGAGUUGGACUAGCGGUCGUUAAUGGGCAGCUGUAUGCGGUGGGAGGUUUCGAUGGUACGGCCUACCUGAAGACGAUCGAAGUGUACGAUCCGGAGACGAACCAGUGGCGGCUGUGCGGUUGCAUGAACUAUCGGCGUCUAGGUGGUGGAGUUGGCGUAAUGCGGGCACCACAAACCGAGAACUACAUGUGGAUUCGCAAAGAUUCCGUUGUUUAACAUUCACACAAACACACUCUCGACUAGUUUCCGUUUGCUCGCCCUCGGUACACUGUGCCAAAUGCUGAGUGGCGACGCAAAUGAGGUACGGUAGCUGUCGUAGAGUGCACAUACUCUCUCGUUGACUUUACACGUUUAGGAGAAGCGUUUUUGGGUUGAAAUCGGACACCAAAAGCGUAUGAUUGCGCCCACAGACACAAAAAAGACACAACGUAUGCUGCCACUCGCGUCUUCUCACUGUGUGUGGUAUUUUGUAGAACGUGGUGCAUCCCAUACUCACAAACGAGAGAAAGAUGAGGUUGAUUAGGCAGAAUGGAACCCCAAGGGAAGGAAUCGAUUGAGAUAAGAAAGCUGCGUGGGGCUUUCAAUCCUUUACAAGUUUUAUGAAUUUGAACCCGUGAAUAGUAUCAGUAUCGCGAAGAGAUAGAUCGAGAACCAGAGCGAGAGCCAGAGAAAAAGAGCGGCAAAAGGUGAAGCUGUUUUGGAAGAAUUUUAAACCCCUCUAGCUAGUGCAACUGUAUUGUUUCAGUUGCUUUUUAAAGUUCAUAAUGCACGCAAAUAGAAGGUAUAAGGUGCUCCAGUUUAAGCACUCCUUGGCAGGCACGUUGGUCAGCAGUAGCAAACUAUGCCUGGGUUUGUGUCAGUGUUUCACACUUCCAGCCUAUGCCAAGAAUCUCUUUGUUACAACAAAUAUUUUUUCAAAUUUUCCUGUAUUCCUGCAUGUGAGUGCCACAAGUUACAACCCGCUUCAUCCAACCCCCCGGAUGUGAUCUCAUCUCGAAUGCCUCAUUAAUGCUUACAUGUUAAAGUUGUGGAAUGUGUUUCUCCCUUCGGACAUGUACGGUGCAUGUAUGUCCACUGCUUUCUUUUUCUCCUCUUUUCUUCCUCUUCCUCUCACUCUGUAUCUUGAUCUUUCGCUUUCUCUCUCACUCUCUUUUACUCUCUUUAUCUGUCGGUUUCAGUCUUUAUCCCUGUGUUGGUAUAAAUUGACGCCCUUGUUCGAGAUUCGAUCGAUCCGAAGGAGCAGAAGCUGCUGACAAACGAGCAGGUGUACGAAUGUGAGCUGAGCCAGCAAUCUUGUCCACCAUGCUCGCUCAAGUCCACGCUUUUACGAACGACAUAUAGAACUCAGGACAGGGACGCUCUGACAGAUAGGGAUGAUCAACUCGCAGGAUCUUAAAUUGAUUGAUCAUUUCUUGUAGAUACUACUAGAUUAGUGUUAAGCAUGUGGUUAAGGUUCAUCUCUUGCUAAACUAAAAUGAUAAAGCGAAUACUGAAAGUCAUGGAGCUAGAGACGACUCGGCACGACACGACACGGAACAGCAGUAAAAGUUGUGUGAGAAAAUGCUCCCGCAAAAUGGAAACACAAAUUGAGUUUCAUAGAUAACAUUGUGGUAACACCCUUCCAAAGCGUGUGUGUGGGGUCUCUGUACACGAGACAGAUUGAGUCCGCCCGUUCUCGGAAUAGAUUAACGUUAUGAUGGCUGAAGAUAAGUGUGCGAACAGUAAUCGUAAAGUAGUAUUAUCAUUAUGCGUAGAUAAUGUUUGGUUUCGCUCCUCUCGCGCAGCCCCACCUCUUACCUAUCACGCAAACUGCACUUAGCUCGCUAGGGUGCGAGGAUUUUUUUAUGGUUCUUGUGAGGACGCAAGGCUGUUGUUUUUGGGCCAGAUACGUGACGUGAAGAUGACGACGACGACGACGACGACGACGAUGGCGUGCAUAUAAAUCGUUAACCAUAAUCGAUAACAACCGUUGCUCGGUGUGGAGUUUGGCGGAGACAAAUGAAAAAAACCUAAGGAUUAUGAAAUUAAUUUAGAGUAGUUUUCAACUGUUGCCGGUUUCCCAGUUGCAAACACCAUCUUAACUCAUCCCGCUAAGAAAGUGCAUCUUAUCCUGUGGCUUAUAUCUUCACUUGCUCCCGCUUUCUCUCUAUCGAUCAGAUAUAUGGAGUAGCUGUACCGUAGGAUGUUAGGGUUCGCAUUAUGCGUUAUUCAUUGCUUGUUUCAUUUCUUUUCGUUUUCGAUUUUGCUUGCCUUUCAUACCAACACGUUGUUUUUUCUCAUUUUACCAUUAAACUAAUUUAUUGCAUUGAUGGUGUAGAGUGGAGCAGAACGUAGCAAAAAAAAAAUGAGCAGAAGAGAAGAGAAAUCACUAAAAUAGUGAAACGCGGAUUAGCGUAAAAAAGUGAUUAUGAAACUGUUAUGAUUAAUUGAAAAGAGCCCUUCCUGUGUAAUGACGACAUGACACACGACGAUAGAGGAUGAUUGUGAUGCGAAGAUUAAAAUGUGAACCGUGUACCGUUUUCGACGAAAAGAAGCAGGAGGCAGAUACUGGAAUAUACGAACCCCCAGAAUUGAUGUCGGCAAUCGAUAAAAUGGAGUUCAGGUCUAUUUGUUU